AUGACCUGCGGCGACGAAGAGAAGAUUCGAAGAUUCAGUAGCUUGGAGCGGUCACCGGAGAGGGUGAACUUGAGCGGCCGAAAGAUUCGUUCUCCAUCACUCUCAACCUAUGCAUUAUUAGAAGAUACCAGCACCGAGUUCAUAAGACCCAGAGAUGGUCAUCAAUUCCAGAAGAGCACGUCUGGUCUUGGAGAUUUUAUAAUCGAAUUCGCUGAUGGGGAUUUGGGAGGUAAGACACCGUCCGCAACAUCGUCGUAAUCAUGUCCUCUUGAGACAAUGGCUAGGCAUAGGCGAAGGUAAUUUUCUGGUAAUGCUUUCCUUUGGAUUAACCUAAAACUGGAGUACCUGUACUAUGACUUCUGGGGAGGACAGUUGAUUGGGAGCAGCAACUCCAGAAAGCAUAUAUGUGCUUUUGAA